GCCAUCCCCCCCUCCCCCAUAUUUCGUGACCAGAUCUGGAUAUCAUUAUCACACCGGGGGAGAAAAAAAAUCCACGACAACAUUCGAGUCGAGAUAAUCCGCCCCAGCAUAGCCCAGCAUGUCGUCGUCGACACAGCCCCCCUCUGGAGGGUACUCACUCUUCCCGAACCCCAACUCCAAGCCCCCAACAAUAAGGAGGCCGGCAUCUCGAACUCGAAGAUCAGAAUCGCGUGAGCGGCCCCGGGCUGUGUCUCCUGAGAGCGUUGACCACGUCGAUCAAGCGUCUCCACCGCGUCACGGAAGACAAACGCCGCAACAGAGAGUCCAAACACCGGUUGAGCGAUCGCAAACUCCACAAAGCAUCCGCCAGGCCCCAUCAGGUGAACAGCAGCAGCAACAGCAGCAGCAAUAUCAACAGCCCUCGCCGCGUAGCCGCGAACUGCCGGCCCUGCCCGCGUCGUCGGCCACGGAGGCAUCGCCCAUUCAAAGGCCCCCUCCCGUUGCCGAUAUCCCGCCCCGGUCAGACACCGCCUUCUCACAAGCACAUACGCUUGUACGGAACAACAGCACGCGGUCCAGGAGCUCGAUAGCAAAGCUUCCGUUCCCCGAGGAGCCAUCGUCGUCUUCGCAAGAACAACCUCCUCUACGAUCCAUCUUCCCUCAGUAUAACCCGGAAAGGCCUCUCAACCAACAAGACUACUUCCCCACGCAAACAAGCCCAACUCAUAUCCCACGGGCCGUGAUUAACCGGACAACAUGGUAUCCAAAUCCACAGGAAGCGGAAGGCCAGAAUGACCAACACAGGAGUCCUCCUAUGAGAAGUCCCCUGAGCGGAGCCUCAGCGCAGAGAUGGCCAAGGAGACAGAUCGAGCCUCCCAUCAUCCCGAGUGUCUCAUCGAAUGAGCACAUGAAGAGCCUGUGGAAAGUCUCCAACGGCUGGAAAGCUCCCCCUUCAGAAGGCAGAGUGUACUGCAUGAAGCUGUCCCAGGAGAAGGACGCACCCGUGUACACACUCUCCUCGACAUCACAGCCCUUUUACAACAUCCGCCUCGAUCCCACGUCUGCAUCAGCAUACGUCACCCUCAGCCGUCACGACCCGGCCAAGGUCUACAAGGCCCCGAACCCCAUGGCAAGCUCGUCAGCGAGCAGCAUUCUUUCCGGCGUCGUCGGUCACAAGGACAAUAACAACGGCAAAGGCGCCGAGAGCAAACACUGGCAGGAAGUCCUCACCACCACCCUGGAAGAGGAAUCCCGCAAGCACCCGCCCAACGACGGCCUCGUCGCCCUCCUGUACCCGCUGGCGGCCGCCAAGAUGGCGCUCGAUAAGCCGGGCGACAUGAACGCCAUCAUGACGGCCGAGACGGAGUGCGCCCGCCUCGUCUGGGACGAGGACUCCCGUUCACACUUCCUUGUCCACCCGGCCCUCGCCACCCCCUUCUGCGUCACUAUUGAGCGCUCGCCCGCCUGGAGCCGGGUCGAGUACACGCUCGAACACCACGAGUCGCCGCAGCACCUCGCCAAGCUGACGCGCGACGGCACGGGCGGCGGCUACCUCGAGGUCGACACAGCCAUCGCCGCAAAGAUUGACAGCUUCUUCAUCGUCGACGUUGCCGUCGCGGCGCUCAUGCUCGUCGCGGCGGCGGACGAGAAGAACACAAAGGUCGAGACCUUUGAGCCGCCCCCGGCGCCGCACGAUCCUGUCGGCGGCAGCGGCCGCGAUAGCCGGUUGAGCAAGAGGGAGGAGAAGAAGAGGGCCGCGGCGGCCGCGCGCAGGGGUAAGAUGGAGGAGUUUGAGAUUGACGUCGAGAGCCAGGACAGCAGCUUUGCGAAGCUGGAGCAGGUUGGCAAGGAGACGCGCGACAGGCUGCCUUGGCCUUUAAGAGCGCUCUUCAAGGUCGUGGCUGGGCUGUUCAAAUGUCUCGUCUGGCUGCUGACGAUUGGCUUCAAAGCCCUUGCUGCCAUUGUCAAGGGGCUUGCCAGGUGCGUCGGUGUCAAGUCCAAGUGACCUCCAAGCGAAAGAGAAAAAUGAUGAAGACGGGAAUGAUAGGGAAGGAAAUGAGAUACCACUUUUGAGCUGAUGCAUUGUUCUCGUACUGGUUUCGUCUCUCACAGGUUUAAGGGGUUGAUGGAAUAAUGGGAGUUUCCUUAUGAGUCCCUAUCCAGGAAUAGGAUAGGGAGCGAUGAUAUUCCUUCUUUGUACAUGUAGA